AUUUAAACAACGUUACUUAAAAAAAUACGCUUCCAUCAUAAAAAAAAAAUUAAUUCGACGAAUCCACUGAAACGGGGCGAAGGUUGAGAGGUCGGGGUUGAACGCGACAUUGACUCACACGGUGAAGAAUAAGCGGUUCUGAAGAAUGCGUCUCACGGCCCUGCUGGCGAUGGCGGCCCGUGUGAAGGUGCCCCCGGAUUAUCGCUACGGGACGAGCCGGCCGUGGACCGUCGGCGCUCAGAGAAUGAACCCGCCUGGCAAGAAACGCCGCAAGGUGUUUGUGGAGCCAAUCCAACCCGAGGACUGGAGCCUCUUCAAGGGAGACACGGUGGAAGUCCUGGCUGGGAAGGACUCUGGGAAGCAGGGGAAGAUCAGUCAGGUGAUCCGAGCUCGGAACUGGGUGAUCCUGGAAGGACUGAACACGCACUAUCGCUACAUUGGGAAGUCCGGGGAGUAUCGCGGGACGUACAUCGCCAGUGAAUCUCCGCUGUUGGUCAGAGAGGUUGCCCUGGUUGACCCUUCGGACAGGAAGCCCACGCAGGUGGAGUGGCGCUUCACGGAGGAGGGUGAGAGGGUGCGAGUGUCCCUCCGGUCUGGGAGGAUCCUCCCCAAACCCGUGGUGCAGAGGAGAGACGGGAUUGUCCCGGAGCAAUGGAAAGACGGCCCGAAAGACACCUCGCCCGACGACGCCUUGGAGAAAACCUACAGCGCCUCUCUGAAAACGUUCGAGGAGGAAAUCGCCGGGGCGACGGGCGUCGUGGAAACCAGAGCGGGCCGCAGAACGUUCUGGUACUGAGCUGCGAUCGGGUGCCGGGCACAGCGGGGAGAGACUGAGCAGCGGGACCGGGCGCGUGGGAUCUUUCACGCUGCGGGAUACCCCGCGAUGCUGGAGUCACUCUCUGAACUGUGUUGUUAAGAAACGGUUUGCGCUCAGUUUCCUCGCGUACCUUCGGGGGUCAGGCGCUCUGAUCCGAACGACUUGGUACUUCGUUGCUAAGCGAUACGGGGGCAGAGCGACGGCUUUUUGUACCCGGGAGUGGAAACAAGACUCCCGUUGCACAGCAGCGUCACCCAGUCCAGCUUGAUCAGCCCCAGUGUGUCUAGGUAACAAGCUCAGGUGUGUCUGAUUAUUAAACUCCUAGUGAAACCAGGACUGGAUCACAGUGCUGUGCAGCGGGAGUCUGAUUCCAUCCCUGUGAGUUUUACCUGUUUUUUUUUUUUGACUAUUUCAAGUUCCAUCAGUCUGGCUUUCAUUGAAUCAGGGAAAGUUAACAGUGUUUGAUGAUUUUGCUCUACAGGAAUCCACUGAAAAUAAAUUAAUAAACCACACAA